AUGAAUACGUUGAGAUAAAAAAGUGUUUUUUAAGUGAAAUAAAUCAACACCCCUUCAACAUAAUCAACUACAAGAAAGUCAUUAUAAUGUAGAUCAAAGAGAGCUAAUACUGAACAUAAUUAUCCAGAAGUAAGCUAAUUUGAACCAUCUAAAAAAAGGAAUAGAGAAUAAUUCUUACCAUAAACACAUUAACAAUAUUUAAAAGCAAAAAGGACUAUAGAAUACACAAAUUAAAUUUAAUAACAAAGAAGAUAACAAACAUAGCAUAAUGAAAUUCCAUUUGAUUUAAAAAUGGCAUAUAUAAUUAAAAGACAAUCUGUGACAGGGAGAAAAAUAUUACAUAGAUCAUCUUUUGAAGAAAGUGUAUCUUCUCCAAUAUCAAAAAAGAAAUUAGAUUCAAUUUAUGAAGAAUCUUUUUAACUUCAACCAAUAAUUAAGGAACCUAUUCUUGAAUAAGAAUGUUUGGGAUAUCCAAGUUUACAUUAAGAAUGGGAUAAAAGAUGGGAAUCCCUAUUUGAAACUUUCUUUGAAAUGUAAGCAGUCAAAUCCAAAAAUAUAUCUUAAUAAAGUGACACUCGUAAAUAUAGUAGAGUUAAAUUUAGUAAAGGUAUUGUAAUGAAGAAUAAUUAAAGACCAAUUAUAAAUAGAAUAAAUACUGAUGAAAUAACUAUAUUAAAAAGAGAAUUAUCUAAAUAGCCAACAUAUAGAGAUAUUUAAAAAUUAGAACCUAUUUUUUAAAAGAAUAAAUUUUUUGCUAGAUUUAAUGAAAUCAUAAGAAAACUUAUUAUUCAAUAAUGUUAAUUAAGAGAGUAUUAGCCUGACGAACUUGUAUUAUCUAAUGAAAUAAAUUGUGAUAAAGUAUUUGCAAUAGUUUAGGGAUCAUGCAAGGUUGUAAUGACUUCAUUCAACAAAAAUUAAGAAGUUUUAGGUAAAAUGGUUAUCCGAUCAAUAUAUGAUGGAUACCAUAUAAAUGUUGACAAUUUAUUAAUUGAAAAAAAAAUAGAUGAUAUAAAAUAAAUCAAUAAUAUAUCAGAGGCAAAUUUAUAACAAUAUGUAAAGAGUGAAAUAUAUGCAUAAGAGAAAUCUGUAUUAAUUGAAAUCAGUAGAGAAAUAUAUGAUAAUGUAUUAACAUAUGCAAUAGAUGAGGAAAUGAGAGAAAAGAUUGAACUUUUAUAAAGAAUAAAGAUUUUAGGAUGUAAUAAAGAUUUAAGACCUUUGGCAGCAAUAUUACAUUAUCAUUAAUAUUAAUUUGGAGAUUUAAUUAUAUCAGCUUAAUAAGAAAUCAAACAUUGUUAUUUUAUAAAAUCUGGUAGAGUAAAAGUAACAAUUUGUACUAGAAAAUAAAGAGAAUUAUAUAAUUAUUUGACAUAAACAACUUAAACAGAUUUGUUUGAUUUUUCAGAAGAAACUUAAAUUGUAAAGACAACUAAAAAUAUUGAUCACUGUGGUAAAAUUUUAAGAAAGAAUAAAAACAAUCAUCCUUUAAUGGAGAUGAACAUUCAUAUUGAUAUUAAAAAUUUAGAAAUUGGAGAAUUUUUUGGAGGAUCAAGUCUAUUAACUCCAUAAGAAAUAAUAGCUACAAAUAGAUACAAAAAGAAUAAAUUAGCUUUGGUUAGUUUAAUAGCUUUAACUCCAGUUGUAGAAUUAUAUUCAAUCGAUAGUAUGGAAUUCGAGACAUUACCAGAUGGGUUUUAACAUUAAUUAAAAGAAUUAAGUUUAUCAUAAUCAGAAUUCGAUGAUUUUGAUGUAGACAAAAUUGUAAAUGAUUAUGAUUAGUGGUCAAUCUUAAAACAAGCUUAUUAUAAAAGUUUAACCAAACAUUGA